AUGGAUGAGGAAACUGAGGAAGGGUCUUCGGCUCUGGGCACGGGCACAGCGGAGGCAGCUGCCCUGGAGCGGGAGCUGCUAGAAGAUUAUCGCUUCGGGCGGCAGCAGCUGGUGGAGUGGUGCGGCCAUGCUAGUGCCGUGGCUGUGACCAAGGUGUUCCCUUUGCCUGCCCACUCCCGGAAGCAGAGGACGGUGCUAGUCGUGUGCGGCCCGGAGCAGAAUGGGGCAGUGGGGCUGGUCUGUGCCCGGCACCUGCGGGUGUUUGAGUACGAACCAACCAUCUUCUACCCCACUCGCUCACUGGACCCACUGCACCGCGACCUGACUACCCAGUGUGAGAAGAUGGACAUCCCCUUCCUGUCCUAUCUGCCCACGGAGGUCCGGCUCAUCAACGACGCCUACAGGCUGGUGGUGGACGCCGUGCUGGGCCCCGGUGUGGAGCCGGGCAAGGUCGGGGGCCCCUGCAUGCGUGCACUGGCCACGCUCAAGCUACUGUCCAUCCCCCUCGUGAGCCUGGACAUUCCCUCAGGCUGGGACCCAGAGACCGGCGGCGACGCCGAGGACGGGCUACGACCCGACGUGCUCGUAUCGCUGGCGGCGCCCAAGCAAUGUGCCGGCCGCUUCUCUGGGCGCCACCACUUCGUGGCCGGCAGGUUCGUGCCCGACGACGUGCGCCGAAAGUUCGCUCUGCGCCUACCGGGGUACACGGGCACCGACUGCAUCGCGGCGCUUUGACAGCCACCCGUGCCCACGCGGCUUGGGCCCGCGCCAA